CUGUAAAAAAUUGGACUUUUAACCAAUUUAAUGACAUAUGCACCCAGUUUAUAAAUAGACAUGGAUUAAAUGAAAACCCUCAAAAAAACACAUUUACAGUAAUUUACUUAUAAGAGGCAUGGUCAGAUGGAAGAAAAAGUCAUUGUGUGCAAUUUUUCUAUGCAUUAGGAUGUCAGUGAGAAGUCCAAGAGUAUUCAGAUACUAGGAUAUAAUCACUAGAUUAGAAAAACACAUUUAGAGUAAUACUGAACAAUGAAAAGUAGAAAGUACAAUGAGUACACACAACCUGUCAAGGACAGCAAACCAACAGCUACACCAGAGCCAAAUGUUGAAGACAGAGAUGACAUCUACACAAAUACCCAAUCACCUCAGGAGACUGCUCCUAGUAUUCCCUUACAUGCUAUGAAAAAUACUACAGCCAAUACUAAUCCUAAAACAAAAAAGACUUCACUCCAAGCAAUCCAACAGGAAAGCAAAGAGUCUGAGGGUGAAGGCUGUUAUAGCAGUCUUGAUCUCAGCCAGAAGGAGGAACAGGAUGUGUAUGAACCUCAGCUAGUCAUCAAAAGUAAGGACAAACUUGUACAAAAGAUGAUACCAGAAAAUGUACACAAAAAGAUGCCAGAGAGUCACAAAGAUGUAGAACAAGGAAAAGUACAUGUUGAAAGUGGCCAGACAGAAGAUAAGUCCCUUGAUAAGUUAAUGACAUUUUUAAGGAAUAAUAGAAAGAAAAUCAUAGUGAUAAUCAUUAUUUUUUGUCUAACUUUUAUGGCUAGUCUGUUAGGCUCAUUAGUAGCUGGAUCUUCCUUGAUCAAUAGUAUUAACAUAAUUGUUAAAAGUUACUUUGAGAAACCUAUUUAUAGUACAACCACAGUACAACCAUUGGUUAAUGAGACAAGCACUUUUAAUACAUAUAAUGAAACAACACUAUCAACCAUGGGCAAUGAAAAAUGAAAGUUUCUAAAUAAGCUUAAGUUGUUGCAUUGUCUUUAACAAUAAUCAUGAAAAUCAACUGAAUCAGUUUCUUGGACAAAUUAACCUGCACUGUUGAAACAUACAUCAUGGCAUACACUUUCAUCUAACUAUUGAGACCAACAGAAACACAGCCUAGAACAUACCAUUCUGCUCUUUGGCCACCCUCUGAGAAAUUCUAUCCAUCACAGCCAGUUUGUCUGACAAAAGUGUCAUGUAAUCAUGCAUGACUGCAAACUCAGGUGGUCUGUUCUUGAUCAUGUAAGAGGCAGACAUGAUGUGCAAUGAAUCAGACACUCUGCUCAGGAACCCAGAGCCUUGUUUUUUAUGAGCUUGAAAUUCCUGGAAUGUACCAGCAUGUCAAAUGUUAUCAGUCCCAUUCCUUUCAACAAAGUUCUAACACAAUUAACUACUGUCACUUCAAGAUGUUAAGCAAUUAAACAAUUCACAAAAACAGGUGUGCAAUAAGUGGCACAACUAAACAAAUAAAACAAUUAGUUUUCUUACCCAAGCUUUCGCUGUCAAAAAUACUUGAAAGCAUUUAUCAAAAGAUAAGACUGGGUGGUCAGCAACUCGAGUUAAAAACUUUUGAAGAGCUGUUUGACGUACUUUAAGAAAUUCCGUACUAAAACGAUCCAUUCUUUUUAAACUAUGCUUUUCUGGCAGUGGCUAGAGAAAGCGAGAAAAAAUUCAUUGUGCUCCAAAAUAAAAUAUAAAUAUUAGUUUCAGUUUGUAUCUACUCUUUCCACUAGAUAAAUUGAGUGCAAAAGCAUUUUUUUUUAUUUGUAACAUGAAUUAACAUGAAUUUUCUACUAGAAAAGAUUCCUGUUUAUUAGAUAAUGCUCUGAGUUUAAAAUCACAUUAGUUAUAGCAGUAGAACUAAGUAAAUUGCUUUUCUAUUUCUUUUGACCUUUUAGACAACUAAUAUACUAAUAUAAGCUAAUUACCGGGACAAGAUGUGUUGGAUAAUUCUCCUCUAGCCUUUGUCGAAUCCAUAAAAAGUCAUUAUAACGUCUUCGUACACUAAAGUCUGUGCCUUCAAAUUCAGCUCGAGUGGUCUAAAGACAAAAUGUAAAAAAUAUUUUACAACUGUAAAAAAAUUGAUAUAUAUGUGUGGCAUUUUACGACUCGAGAGACGAUUAUUUCCCUUUGCAACUUCUUGUGUGACUAAAGAGGCCAAUCCUUGAUACACAGCUGCGAUCGCAGGUUGGGCAUAUGUAAUCACCAGGCACCGUUGCAUUUUCACCCUUCUUUCUGCUUCUGUUGUGUAUGACAUCUGCAAUUUGUGACCCUUCCUUUAUGCUCUCUCUCUCCAUGUGGAUCUAUCCAGUGCCACCUCUUCCCAGCUGCUAGUGUCGAUUUAGAAGAGCUUCAUGUCGCGUUUGCAUACAUCCGUAUAACAUAAAAGUGGGCAACCAGCAGCUCUCCUGCUUUCUAUUAGAUCGCCAUACAGAAUGUCCUGUGGAAGUCGACCUACUGGCAUUCUACGAAUGUGGCCAAGCCAGCCAAGGCAUCUGCUGCUGAUAACAGAGCGGAUGUCCUGGCACCUGCUCUUCGUAGCACUUCCUCAUUGGUUAUCUUAUCUUGCCACCUUAUUUUAAAAAUCCGCCUUAGGCAUCAGAGGUGGAAGACAUUCAGCUUUUUUUCCUGCCAUGAGUAGAGUGUUGUUGGAUAUGAUGGAGCCAAGGUAACAAAAGUGAUCAACAAUUUCUAGUGGUUGGCCAUUAAUGUUUACUUGAGGUGCAGUGUUUGUGUUUUGGACAAGUAUCUUAGUCUUGUUUUGACUGAUGUUUAAGCCGAACUUCUGGAAAGCAGCAGAUAGUUUGUCAACCAGGGACUGUAGCUGAAUAUCAGAAUCAGCCACAAUAGCUGCAUCAUCAGCAUACAGGAGUUCCCUGAUGAGCAACUUCCUAACCUUAGUUUUUGCCGGCAGCCUUGAUACAUUAAAUAGUUUUCCAGAGGAUCUUGUAUGGAGAAACACACCUUCGUUUAUGUCAUUGUACGCAUAAUGCAGUAGACAGGAGAAGAAUGUCAAACAGAGUAGGUGCGAGCACACAUCCCUGCUUAACACCACUGCAAACCUCAAAAGGUGCUGAUUGGGCUCCAUUGAAUUUGACAGUAAAUUUAGUUUCCUAAUGAAAGCACUCAUUGAACUUCAUUAAUUUGGGAGGGCAACCUAUUUUCCUUAGGAGUUUGAAAAGGCCACUUCUGCUGACCAUGUCAAAGGCUUUAGUCAGAUCAACAAAACAAUGUAAAGGGGUCUGUCUCUCUCUCUGAAUUUCUCCUGCAGUAGUCGUAGAGAAGAUAUCAUGUCUAUAGUGGAUCUAUCACUACUAAAUCCACACUGAGACUCUGGGUAGACUCUAGAAGCUAUCACUUGCAGCCUGGAUAGUGCCACUCUAGCAAAGAUUUUGCCCACUAUACAGAGGAGAGAGAUACCCCUAUAAUUGUUGCAGUCACUCCGAUCUCCUUUGUUCUUGUAUAUUGUGACUAUAGUUGCGUCACACGUCCUUUGGGACAUGAUCUGUUUCCCAACAGCGGCAGAGGAGAAUAUAGAUUUCAGGGAGCAGGAGUGAUUCGUUGACUUUAACUACUUUCACUGGGAUACCAUCACUCCCUGGAGAUUUUCUUUUUUUUUUUUUUAUGCAGUUAAUUGCUUUUUUGAGGUCACUAAGGCUGAGAAGCUCAUCUAGGCAUUCCUAUACUGGAAGAUCUGGUAGAGAAGCCAGGGCGACAUCGUCUACUGUAUUCUGUGACAUAGACAUCGAGGUAGUGUUAUGUCCAUUGUUCUAGCUGCUUGGUUUGAUCUGUAAUUUUUUCUCCAAAUUUGGAUAGAAGGGGGGCAGGCUUAGACACUGCUAGACCCAGGGCCGCUUUAAUGCCAUCAAACAGAGCUUUGCUAUUUCCUGAUUAGAGACUGGAUUAUAUAAAUAUAUAUAUGUAAGUAAACAUUUAGACAACCAGCUGUCUAUAUGUUUAUAUUUUAGUAUUAUUAGUAUUUGUGAAUAUUCUUUCUUAAAAACAGAAUCAUAUAAAUACAAGUAUGUUGUACAUAAACCAUUUUUUUAAAGCAAUUAUUGUUAAAUAACUUUUUUUU